GUCAACAAGAUCGCAAAAGAAAAUUUGAUGUUCAUGAUCAAUUAAAAAUUUGAUUCAUUUCACAAGACGAAAAAAUAUGAUUCUUCGUGGUAUUUUAGAACCGUGGUGAUUACGACGGCGGAGGUACCAUUGAACUAUUUAAUAAUUAUUUUAUUAUAUAGUUCAAUGGGAGGGACAAUGUGAUAAUACGCAACUAUACAAGAUGUACCCUCAUCGUCACCACCCUUGGAUAGUGAACAUGAAUGUAGCGGAAGGAGUGUCGGAAGGGCCAAGCUGCGUGUGUCGAAGUGGUGCCGUGUUGGUGACCGGUCGAUAUGAAGAUUAGGGCUAUGCCGACAACAUUUGUUAUCAUUGACUUGAGUAUAUUGUUAUAAUGAGAGAUUUUCUUUUCGUUAUCGGUAACUUAUCGCUAAAGUAGCUGUUAAAUCUUAAUAAUUCUUUUAAGCCUUUUGGUUUUGGCGUUUUACGGUUUGCACGUUUUUGUAGCGAACUUUUUCCGCUUAACUUUUAUAUUUAUUGUUCAACUGUUCAAGUAAUAUUUCUACAUUUUCGUCAACGGAUCUUUUCUGUGACUGUUAGGAGAAUCCUCGACUUUAAGAGGAUGUUACACCUGCAUGUAUUGUCUCCGUCUUUGAACAUACAACAUAGGUACCAAAUUUGCAUUCAGGAGAAUUAAAUUAGUGUUGUGUUGAAAAAUUUCCGCUUAGCACAUGACAGGCAAGGUCUCGUUUUUCGUGUCCGCAACUAAUAUAAAAUUUAAAGAUGAAACAAUUGUAAAAAGAAAUAUCAGUAACAAACUCAAAAAAACUACAAGCAAUAACAAAUUCUAUCAAUCAUAUGAAAUAAAUGCAAAAAGGUAAAAAUAAAAUGAAUGAUUUUCCAAUUCAAAGUUGUUCUACUGAAGCUGGUGGACAAUAUGAUAAACUAAUUUCAGAAAGUUCUCCAAAAAAGUAUAAUGUAGUAAAUAAAUCUGAUGAUGAUGCACCAUUAAUAAAGAAAACAUUUGAACUCUCUGAAAGUAUUACUUACAAUGUUAAACGAAGCAAAAGACCUAGAGGAUUAACCAAUUUAGGAAAUACAUGCUUUUACAAUUCAGUUUUGCAAUGUCUAGCACAAACUCCAUUUAUAAGAAAGUUGUUAUUUGACAUAAGUGAAUAUGGUAAACCAAUGACCAUACAAUUAGAUAAUGAAGAUAUUACUGUGCAUCAAGAAAAAUGGAGUUCAUUAACUGAAAACCUGUACACCACUCUACAAGAAAUAACGAACGAACAAGAUUCAACAUUUACACCAAGUGCACUUCUCGAAUCAUUAAGAAAAAAAUGCAAAAUGUUUAUUGGCUACAGUCAACAUGAUUCUCACGAAGUUUUACGCCAUCUUUUAGACUCUGUUCGUGAUGAUGACUUGGAGCGUUAUAAAAGGACAAUUAAACAUCAUUAUAGUUUAUCAAUGAAAGUUGAACCGAGUGAAGUGGAUGAAAACAAAACUGCAAUAAUUAAAGAACUUGGCAAAAAAUUGCUAGAUAAUAUUGUCUUACGUCCUGAUCAUGUAUUCAAAGGAGAACUUUUGAGUAUCAUUCAAUGUCAAAUUUGUGGUUAUAAAUCAGAGGUAACAGAAAGUUUCCUGGAUUUAAGUUUACCAAUUACAGUUGAUAAGACCCAUCCAUUAUCGUUCCCAACUAAAGAAGAUAAUGAUGUUUUUAGUCAAUCUAAGCAUCAAACAAAAAAAGAAUGUAAAUUAGCAUUAAAACAAGGAAAGCAAAAGAAACAUGAGCACAAACAAUUUAAUGAUAAAAUGCAAGAUACAUUAGCUGUGAAUAAUGAUGCGAACAUAGAAGACAAUAUCAAAAUUGAAACAAAUGAAGUAGAAAUGUCUGUUUGGAAGAAUGAAAACAAAGAAAAUUCAGAAUCUGGAUAUGGUUCAGAAAAGCAACCAUCUUAUAAUACAAGUCCUUCUCUAAGUAUAACAGAAUUUGCAACAUUUAUGAAUAACAUUCCACUAGCUGAUCUUGACAGACAAAUGGAUGCUGAUCAAAUUUUUUAUUCGGAAAUACCCAUGGAUUUAUAUUCUGUACUACCUGCUAGUCUUUCUAAUAGCCCUAGUUCAUCUCAAGGGUCGUUACUUGAUUCGGUGCGUGGCAAUGUCAGUCCAGACUACAUGGAUGCGGGGACAGAGAGUGCAAAUGAAAAUCUGUUUAACAGUCCUACACAAAAUGUUAGUAAUAACAGCAGUUAUGGACUAUUUGAAGAUACAAAAAGUGAUGAAGAUGUAGAGAAUGAAGAAGAAGUUGAAUUUUCUCAACAAUGUCUAAAAGCAACAUUGCAAUCUCAACCAAAAUGUAAAGAUAACAAGUGCUCAGUGUUGACUUGUCUUAAUCAAUUUACUGCCUCUGAAAUAAUGAGCGAUGAUAAUAAAAUUUCAUGUAAAAGGUGCACUGAACAACCCAAAAAAAAAGCAAACGUAGAGAAAACAAUUUAUUUCCAAAGUACCAUACAAAUGUUAAUUAGUUCUCCUCCAGCUAUUUUAAUUUUGCAUCUAAAACGGUUUCAAAUGUGUGAUUCAAUUACACGUAAAAUUACAACAAAUGUAUCAUUUCAAUGGAUUUUGGAUAUUGCUCCUUACUGCUCUGUUAAAUGUCAAGACAAGUUAAGCCCGGGUCAAAACCGAAUAUUGUACUCUCUUUAUGGUGUAGUGGAACAUAAUGGAUUUUUGCAUAGUGGUCAUUAUCUUUCAUACGUAAAAGUCAGAGAUUCAGUUAAAGAUGAUAGCUACCGAUAUUCAUUUUUAGAAGGCAGUAAAACCAAACCACCUAAAGUUAUUGAUGGCAAUGAUGAUCCUUCACAUUUAGCUCCGAGUGGUACCUGGUAUUGUGUCAGUGAUAGUAUGGUUAGACAAGUAACACCAACAGUUGUUCAAAGUUGUCAAGCCUACUUAUUGUUUUAUGAACGAAUUUUAUAAUACUAUAUUUAUGUCUAUUGUAUAAUAUAUUAUUAUUGUAUUAUUCAAAAUGAAACAUUUAAGCAAUCAAAGUGGAAUGAUUAUUUUUCAACAAUAUAUUUAUGUAUAUUGAUAGAUAAAUUGUAUUUAUUAUAUAAAUAAUUGAAACUUAUUGUUGUAAAUAAUUAUUUUAUAAUGACAUUUUAAAACAUUUAGGUAAUUUAAUUUUUCAAAUAUAUUUAAUAAUUAAACACUGGAUUUCUUUCAUUCUUUUUGAUUUUCAUUCAGUGUCAGUGUGAUUUAAUAUGCUUAAGUAUCAUAUAUGUAAAAUUGAUAAACAAA